GCACAAUCAUCAUCGGUGACGAAUGAGUGGAGGAGAACCUUCUUGGUCGCUCAAGCCUUGGCGACAGCAAUUCAGCCCUGGGCUUAUUGUUGGCAUGCCCGAUAUGCGAACUCCGAGUUGCCUGUUUGAACUUUCUUAUGCCGGCCAAGACACCAGUCUUUCAGGUCUCCGUCAAGUUCCCCCCUCAAGUCUUCACACCAUUAUGGGAAUUCUACCAUAUGACAAUCCUGGAUGUUACGCAGCGAUACAUCUGUUCUCUCUGCAAGUGGUCUCCUAGCAAGCAUGGCAAGCACGCUGAUGAUUGCACAAUGUCUGCGCUUCCUGGUAGUUUUGUUGAUGACGGCACACUGUCUGUGCAUCCCAGUAGUCACUGCGGAGGUAUGUAGAUUAUGCACAACUAUGUACAAUUACACAUCAUAUGUGUUUGGGCUCAUAUAUUGCAGCUGUCGGACUUUUUCUGACUGUUGCAUUAUUGUAAUUGCAAAAGCAUGGGCAGAAGUCCUUUCUUGUCACUUGAGCAUGGGUAAUGGCAACCUGGCCCUGAGCUUAUUUUGGGCCUGCCAGAUACACAAACUCCACCCAGCUGUAGAAUCUUUCUUACCCAAUGUUCUCGUGCGGUCUUGUGAGUUGUCACCAUGUUUUUAAUACCUGCAGGGGGAAUUUGAUCCCACUUUGCCGGCCUAGACGUUGCCGAGAGACACAUUUCAUCUCUGUAUGCUGCUGACACUCAUUUUACUUCUAGGUUUGUUGU